AAGUGAUACUUGGUGAUACUGACCUUGUGUUGUGUCAGGGCUGAGUGGCAGUGAGGAGCAGAGGUACGACGCCCUGCUGAGCAGCCAGGUGGCGCCCAUGUACCCCCACUUCCUCAGGGUGUGGUCUUACUUCCAGCACACGCUGCUGAGGAAGUACGCCGCCAUCUACAACGGCAUCAACGUGCUGACAGGCCCCGCCUUCGACCACGACCAUGAUGGACGCCACGACGCGCAGUGGGCGUCUGCGGGCAACGGCUCCGCCCCCACGCACUUCUUCGCCGUGCUGACCAGCUGCAAGGACGUGCGGCAGCCUGUGAGCGCCUGUGAUGGCGAGCUGCACGCCAUCGCCUUCCUGCUGCCUCACAGGCCUGACAACUCUGACAACUGCCAGGCUGUGGGUCCGCCCCCUUCCUGCACAGGCUGUGGCUCCGCCCCCUUCCUUCACAGGCUUGCAGUCAAGACGUCUGCAGCUUCUUCUGGUUGGCACGUCAGCAAGCUGAUGCUAAUUGGAUGCUAA